AUGAGCCUUAUGGACAGAAGGGUGCGUGCCUUGCAAGAAAACAUCAAAUUGAAUAGUGCUGGUGCAUCUGCCCAAAAAACCAUGGCACAGAACUGCAAGAAACCCCUGGGCCUUAGUCCCAACACCGCUCAAUACGAGCAUCGCAACAAGAAGGAAUUUUUUCUCAAUCGAGAUCGCGAGCUCUCUGUUUUUGAUACUAGCCGCGAAGGAAGCGACUAUAUCGUAUUCACCGGCUUAAACGAAACAACGUUCAAUCACGACUGCGACGACAAUAGUCUCGGGACUCUCGGCUUCAAGACGUUCUAUCCGGGACUUGAAUUAUUGCUCGUUAAAAUGGAAUUGCGGACUCACGGAUUCGCCCCUUGAAGAACUGGGAGCAAUCCUAAGCGGCCACACCAAAGCCAUGAAUGGGCCUCGUCUUGUAGGGUUUGGCCCACAUCCAAGGCGAGGAUCGCAUAAAACGGACAGACAAAAGCUACUACCACGUCGGCUGCCCAAAUCCCGUUCAGAUAAGUAGCCGACAUUAGUUAUUGAAGUUGGUUACUCUGAAUGAAACCGCGAACUCACAAAAGCUAUUGAAUUGUGGAUGAAUGAGUCAAAGGGAGAAGCUCGGGCUGUUGUAACUAUCGAGAUCAACCGAAAAUACAAAGAAAUCACCAGCGAAAAUUGGGGAUUCGAUAACGGACCGAAGAAUAUUUCUCGCACAGUCUUAUCACAGGCCUCAAGUAUUCGUAUCUCGGAUAAUAACCCUUUAGUGAUCAAGUUUGUCGACGUUUUCUGGCGAGAACCAACGGAAGAAUCGCGGAGAGACAUUGUCAUUGAUGUGGGCCGAUUGAAAUCAUUUGCACCAGACGUAUGGGCGGUUCAUGACAAUACUUUCACCGAGUACUACUGACAAUCGACGAAGAGGCGGUUCGGAGAAGCAUUUGGACCUCUCCCUAAAAGGGAAUAGUUGUCUUUAGGGCAAUUUGGAUAGUGCGGUAUCUUUUGACUCAGUAUACUUUCUUAAAUGCUAAAGUAUCGCGGCUCU